GGCUUGUGUUCUAUCGUCGUAUAAUACUGAUUAUGUUUAACAGUAAUAACUCAUUUGUGGAGGAGUUUUAAUAAAUACAAAUAAUAUAAUCUAAUGGAUAAUAAAAUGUGCUUUCAACUACUAUGUACUUAUAAUACUUCUGUAUAAUCAUUUUUAAGGCAAUAAAGAAAUUUGUUCUCUAUUAGGAAUAAGAAAAUGUACUGUGAUCAAUAUGGAAUUUUCGCAGAUAGUUGUGACUAAAAGUGACUAACGAAGAACAUACGUACGUUUAAGGAAUAAAGCAGACUCUUUUUGAUAAAUUUAAUUUAAUUAUUUUUUAAGUUGGUAAAUGUGUAUCACAUGCCAAUAUGGCUAAAUUAAUGGCAUAAGAUGGCAUCAUAUGGUACGAAUGAAACACUUCUCGAUGUACCAGAAGUCACAUUUGUUUGUAAAAAGAGAACACCAAGGACAAACUGUUUAGAAGAAAGUGAACCUUUGAAUGAGAAUGGUAGACUUACUAAUAUCAAGGACAAAAAGAAUAAGAGGUUACCAGCAUCCAACUACGGGGAAUCGGAGAAAGAUCUCAUUCAGUAUAUCAAAAAUGCGUCCUAUGAUUCAUUUAAGAGACGCAGUAGUCAGGAGAUGGAAGACGCACCAUUCCAAGACAGUCGUGCCGGGUCGGAAGAAGAUAUUCUAGAAUACGACGACGACGAUCCAAUUUUUAACUGUGACGCAUGCAAGAGGAGGAGACGGUUGACCAAUAUAGAGAAAGCUUUAAUUGGAUUUGGUGUCAUCUGUAUCAUAAUUAUCAUCGCUCUGGCAGCUCAUAUAGGCAAAAAGAAAGAUGUUAAAGUUCCUGAAAAAUGUGACACUACAGGAUGUUUGAAAGCUGCAAGCUCAUUAAUGGGAACAAUGGAUCCAACAGCGGAUCCUUGUGAGGAUUUCCACCAAUAUGCAUGUGGUGGCUGGCUAAAAGAGACUCCUAUACCACCCGGAUAUCGUAUGUGGGAUAGAUUCCAGGAGUUGUCGUAUAAAAAUAUGUAUAUGUUAAAAGACUUUAUAGAAUCUCACACGUUACACAGUCCAGCUCAAGAGAAAGUUAGAAUAUUUCAUAAAAGUUGUAUGGCCGAGAGUCAAGUAAGUCGCCAGAAGACACUGAAUGACUUCAAGGGCCUUCUUGCUAACAUAUCAAAGGAUGGCCAGGUUUUCAACUUGAUGGAAAUCCUGUCCGAGGUCCAUAAACUCAACACAUGGCCAUUGUUUCAAGUCACAGUGGGACCGGACGAGAGAAAUCCGAUUCACAAUAUAAUUAAGAUAGAGGCGGCAAAUUCACCAUUUCCAUAUGGCAUUUUCAAGUCGGAGGAAAAGAAAUUGCUGCACCAUAGAAGUUCUAAUGACACAUUGGAACGUGACAGCACAAACGCCACAGACUCCGACACGUCAGUUACAACAGCACAACCUGUUACAAAUGUGUCAAUAAACGGAACAGGAACUAACAACACAUCGUACAGUAUAUCAACAGAAUCUACUGUGCCUAAAACGACAACAAAAGUUCCACAUAUAAAAGAUACCCAUCCCCACCCUGUACAUAACUUGUCUGAUUUGGUAAAAGAGUAUCUGAUGGAAACAUCACUGUUGCUGCAAACACUCUGGGACAAGCACAAAGACGAGGCUGAUAGCCUAGCAGAAAACCUUUUAGUACUUGAGAAGAAACUGUCUCUGGCACAUGAUAUUGAUCUACACAUUCAUAAUCGAACGCAAGCGUACAACGCUAUGACAGUAAAAGUUCUUCAUUCCAAGUGUGGUAAUAUGAUUCCAUGGACUUCCUAUCUGAAUGGGAUAGUAGGAUCGCCGUCUAAAAGGAUAGAAGACCAAACAGAAGUAAUUGUUCUACACGAGAACGCACUGUUAGAAGUAUGUUCCAUUGUUGAAGAGUAUAAACAAAACUCAACUUUAGUCAGUCUCCUGAAGCAGUACGUUGUGUUGAGUAUUGCACGAUCUAUGUUCAAAUACUUUGAUAUGAGCACAUUUGAUCCUGAUAUGGAUGCAUCAACAGAGGUUGACAUUGAAGGUGAGCACUGGAGACGGUGUACAUUUUACACAAAUAAAGCUCUUGGACUGGCUACUGGAGCAAUAUACGUCAACGCUACGUCCGUAGAUAAGUCAAUGUCAAGGGAUGUAGAUCGUGUCCGGCAGAUCAAGAGCUUGGUUAUUUAUGUAAAGAAAGCAUUCAAAGAUUAUCUACUACGCAAGAUAUGGAUGGAUCCAAAAACAAAGCAGCAUGCUUCCGAAAAGAUUGACGAAAUGAUAGAAAAGGUCAGCUAUCCGUCUUUCAUUCUCAAUACCACAUUCCUUGACCAGUUUUAUGAACAGUUUUCCGUUGGCUCAGACUGGUUCAGAAAUUUGCUCAAUUGGCGGACGUUUACCAUACAAAACUUGAUUAAAAACCUGAACGAAAAAUUUGAUAGGCAUAACAAUUGGUUGAAUCCACCAGUGACUGUAGAAUCAGACUACUCGCCUGUCCGAAAUGACAUUAUAUUCCCUAUUGCACUGUUCCAUCUUCCGAUAUUCAGUAAUGAAGGUCCAAGUGCCUUAAAUUUCGGUGCGAUUGGGUCUCUUAUUGGCCACGAAAUCACACACGCAUUUGACAUCAGGGGACGGCAGUAUGACGGUCGUGGUGUUCUACGAGAUUGGUGGGACCCAGUUACUGCGAGCCAGUUCAACGAAACAACCGGAUGUAUGAAGGACCAGUAUGAUCAUUUUAAAAUCAAUAAUCAUACGAUCAAUGGUGAGCAAACCCUCGAGGAAAAUAUUGCUGAUAAUGGCGGCCUUAGAGCUGCUCAUAUUGCGUACGAGUUAUGGUUAAAGGAACAUGGAACCGAAGAACCAAUCCCAGGAGUUACAUUGACUAACAGACAAAUCUUCUAUGUUAGCUUUGCUCAGUUAUAUUGCUCAAAAUGGAAAGAUUCUGGGAUCGAAGACUUUUUGCUCUGGGAUUCCCACAGCCCCGGUCCAUACAGGAUCCAAGGUGCCUUGUCAAAUUCGGAAGCAUUCCAGAAGGUUUUCAAGUGCUCUUACGUCUCAAAAUACAAUCCAUCAAAGAAAUGCCUUGUUUGGUAGUGUUGUAGACACCCAGCCAAAGAACUUGCUAGCAUACGAAUUGUGUUUAAGUUUGCUUUUCCGAGCUUAAAAUGUAGACAUCCUACCAAAGAGCUUCCAUUCGCGAUAUGUUUUGUUGCUUUUGAAAGCCUUGUAAGUUUUGCAAGAGAAGCCGAUCAAAUUGAUUGUGAUAACGAUAUGACACUGCUUUGAAACAAACGUAAAAGGCAGUGUAAGGUAUGCCAAUUUCUUGGUAUUAGAUAGUCUUAUUUGAUGUGUCUCUAGUUUACGCAUGUACAUGAAACAGUGGAGGUUUUAUUUGUUAUGCUCAGCUAGUGUUUGGAUAAAAGACUCGUAUGAUGUGAUACUUUUAAAUGUAAGGGUUUCUUUAAUGUGUUUCAACUUGGCUGUUAUUUAAGUUUCAUGUUUUAAAACUUCUUUGCAAAAAUGGCUAUUUUGGCUAUAUAUUUUUUCUCAUUUACACUUUUAUUUAAUAGAGAAAGUUCUUACAAAUACGAGUCUCGGUCAGUUUCUAAUGACUUUGUAAGAAAUGUAUCUGUAACAAAUACAGUAAAAAUGAUCAGGCUUAUAAAUGACUGAUUAAGUAACAGAUACAUAAACCUUAAUAGUUCCUUAUUAACAACAAAGUACAUGUACAUAUCAAGUUUAGUUUUAAUUUUAGAUCUGUAUGAACUAACGUAACUAAGUGUAUCAAAUAAACUUUUUUGUUAUGUGAUUGCAUUUGCUUGUUUAUUAGCUGUUUAUUGCUUACCGCUAACGAUCUUAAAUAUUGCAGUUAUAAAUGGUCGAUUGAAUUAAACGACACAAGAAAAUAAUUGUUAUGCAUUAUCAAAUAUCUUUUUUCGUGAAAUGUAAAUGUACUUGUUUUACUUUUUAUGAAGAAGUUGAUAGACAUUGCUAAAGAUAUGCGUGUUUAAGAUGUUCCUGCCAUUUUGUAGAUUAUUUAUUUAUUGUUAAAAUAUCUGCAUUCAAUUUAUGUCUAAUCAGAAUGUUGAGCUUUCGAACUCGUUUUGCUAUAUUUAGUGCAGUUAGCACAUGGGGUAUGGUGUCUUGUUUUGUUCAUAGAACGUUAUCUAUGUGUGAUGCAUUAGAUAAAAAUAUUGUGAAAGUUGAUUUGUUACAUUUGACGUUUUUUUUUAAAAAAAAAAUUCAUUUCUGUUGUUUCACUUACAUGUACAUAGUGUAAAAAGACAAAAUACUUCCAGAUUGUUAUAAUGCAUUCUUAUAUUUUUGCAAUAAAGUUACCUUCUGA